UAAAGUGCACAUUUCAGGGCACAAGUUUCUUUUCCUUAUAUUGAAACCAGAGAUGCCUUCGCUACGGAAGAAAACAGUUUUCCUGCUGUUCUGUUUUAGAUAAAAACCUAGGCCAGAAAGUUCAGAUCAGUUCUCAACUUCCCGUUUUUUUUAAGAGUUUCUGAGCUCCAUGCGUCAGAAGGGUCAGUUACUUCACGUGCAAGAAAGGCACCAAGUGUGGAGUCAGAUCACCAGACGAAAGAAACUCAAGACUUUAAAAUUCAGUAGGAAGGUAAGGUCUUUUACUGUGAGUGGAAAUGAAAUACAUGAAGCUCAUCUCAGCAGGAGUACUGAGAAACAGCAGGUAAAGGUUUUUCUCAUGAAGAUGUCCCAGGUAAAAUUUUGUGGCUCCAGACACACGUUUUGAUCUUGAUGACUGUUCAGCUUCAUCCUCAGUCCUCCGGAGUUUUAAGGAUUCUCCAGAACCAAAAGAUCUGUCCUUCUGUUUUUUUGCAUGGAAGGAGCUUCUCAGGUUUAGGUUGGAUAGUAUGUGAAUAGACAUAAAUGGUUCUUUAACACCAGAUGUGAUUUUAGACUGCAUAACAGCUAGAGAGAGGACAAUUCAUGGCAUAAAGGUCAGUAGUGUUCGUUUCUUUAUCGGCUAUACAGGGAAACUAAAAUUAGAAGUGUUGAUGGAUGUUAUAAGUUCCCUUCACAGCCUAACCAAACCACAAUCUAUGUGAUCCUUUACUCAGUUUGUGCUGUUCAGAACCACAUCUGUUUGUUUAGCUGUGCAGAUAACAGCAGUAGUAUUUUACAGUUUCUGCUGACAGCAGCAGGGAAAGCAAUCCGGUUCCUCUCAAAAUUGCCACAGCAAAUGACAACAUUGCUGAAGGUUUAGUCACCUGCUUGUCAAGGGCUGGUACAGUCAGGUAGACAAACUGGAAAACCUAGUAUUGCAUAGCUGAGCGCUGUAGUUCUGACAACUAAGCAAAUCGAUACUUCCUCUGCCUCCCCUUUCUCUGUAGCUAGUGCAGAUGACGUUAUUUGUCCUUCCAAGUAAUUCCCCUUAUUUAUCAGUGUUUUGAGAUCACCCUUGUGAAAACUUAUCCCAGCUCUCCCUGUCACCAUCUCUAGCCUUAUACCAGAACUGUUACUCACCAUAACUGCAGCUGAAACCAGAAGGAAAUGAGUUGCCUCCGUGCUUGCUUCAGAGACAGAGGUCCUCGCGCAGAGACAGAAGCUACGAAAAGGCAAAGCUCUGGUCAGGAGCAUGAGAUUAUUGAAUUACAACAAAGUAACGUGGAGGAAAGUGAGGCUGAGCAAGACAAGCCUCUAAAUGCUCAAACAAGACAGGAGAGAGAUCACUGGAAAUCAUGCAGGAAUGUAGUUUUCUGGAAGUGUGAACUAUGGAUGGUUAUAACUACAAUUUUUCUAGUAUUCUUCCUGGUCAUUGUCAUCAGCCUAUUUCUUUAUUCUAAUGUUUACACAGAUGAAGAUGACUAUUGGGAUGCUGAUGCACUACUAAGUAGUGGAAAUCGUUGCAGUUUUUCGGGAACAUUAGAGUUAAUGUGUGGUCUCCCACACCUUUUCUCUGAAAACAUUACUAAGAGGUUAACAGAUGUCUACAGUUCAUCUCCAGCUCUAGGACGCUACUUUAGGUCAGCUCAGGUGGUUUAUUUCAGUAAUGAAAGCUCCACUGUAUUUUAUCAGCUAGAAUUUUCUGUACCACCAUCAACAGAGGGGUUUAUGGAAAACACAAUGAACCCAGAUUUUAUAAGGAAUGUUUUACGUCAAAAUAUUUAUGAUGAAGAUGAUACUUUUAAUCCCGGGACAUCUGAAUGUAACAGGUUAAUGCUUGACCCAACUUCUCUCACAUUAACAUAGAAAUGAUGGAAAUACUCCUCAUCUUCCUUACCACCUAGAAGAGAUGGCUUCUCCUACCUGUUAGUAAUCCUGGGGUAGGGAGCUAUUUGUUCAGUAGAAACACUUCUAAAGAUGUUGUCCUGCAAAUACUGUCUGUGAUGCAAUAUUGUAAAUGGAAAAUGUGGUAUAACAGUGUUAUGCUCCUAUAACACCGCUACCUCCUUCUUUAUUGUUGUCUUGAUAUCUCAAUAACCCAUUUCACUCUUGUGAAAAUCACGUAUCUUGUCUGAUACAUGCUUUGUUGACUUUGAAACCUCUGCUUUGUCUUGCCUUACGAUUAAAUCUGGAUUCUCUGCACGAGCUUUAAAAGCAGCCUUGCACAUGGGUCCUUUCUUCUUCUCUUGGCUUAUCCAAAAUUAUCUGCACAGCUUCAUCCUUAAUGCUCACUUUCACCCAUGCUCAUGUCUGUUACUUUUUUCCCUGCUAACUUCAUAUGCCAUGUUUCCCCGUUGUUCUUUUCUCAUAAAACAGCCUGAAAAAUUAAAUAUCCUCUCUAUUUUCUUUAAUUACAUGAAGACCUUUACACUAGCUUCUUAAGUGAGCUUCAACUCUCAUCAUUCCCUUGUUCAUCCUACAGUCUUCCUGGAUAAGGUGGUAUCUCUUCUAUUUUUCUCUUCUGUAAUGUGAAAUGGCUAUGAAGAAAGAAACAUCAGGAAGAAACAUGUUUUCUUCGCUAACGCAUCUGAAUGCCACAGGAAUCUUUCAAGGGUCAAAUAGCUGUUUGCUUUAAAAAAUUAGCUACUGGUACUAGUGAAUAGACAGCUGUUUGACCCGCAUUUGUAAAUUCAAAGAGAAUCUAGUCUAUACCCUUAAUUAUACUCCCUGUCCCAGCAUUGGGGAGAAAAAUGAACAGGCACAAGAUAUUUGCCUUAAUAAGGCAGCAAAUAGUUGUUCUCGUUGACAAGAGAUCAGAUGAGACGGACCAAUGCCAAGAGCAAGAUGCUGAAGCAGACCAUGUAGGCCAACGUGGCAUGAGAGUUAUAGCUAUAACUGGCUAUAACAUGAAAAUUAAAAAUCAAGCAUUAACUUUACGCAGAAUGGAAUGGGUUCACUACCAUGUUAGCAAAGUGUAGCUUCUUGUCAUUUGUUUAUAGCCAGUGUAAAUGUUAGUACUGUUGGAUAAACAAAUUUAUUUUAAGAAAACUCUUGUAUUGUGAGAAAUAUGUUAUGGGAAAUUGUGUUUUCCUUUUUCUAAUAUUACUAGUUUAUUUAAGGAGUAAUCUGACAAUUUUACUGUGCAUUAAAUUAUUUAUUUUUACUCUUAAA